CAUCCUUUCCAUCAUCAUAGUUAGAGUUUUAUCAGAGAGAAAGAGUCUAAAAUCAAGAGAGCGACAAAAGAAAUCGUCUCAUUUUCAUUAGUAUCAAGAACCAAAGAAAUUAAAUUGCUUGGAAAUUGUGAUAUCCAAAUAAUGGAACCAUCAUAACUAAUUAGUUAAUCUUCUUAAUAUUGUGUGAAUCUAUUACAAUUUGAAUCAUAAGUAUUUAUUUGCUUGUGAUUCGUCAAGUAACUGUAAAUUUGUGCUCAGUUUUCGUGUUCCAUCAGUUGUUAAUUGUCAAUUUCUUAAUCAUGGCUUCAUUAUUUCAAGAAAUUAAGAGCAAUAAAGUUAAAUUUCUCAGAACUUGUUUAGUUUAUUUUGCUUUUCUAGGUGUUGGUUGUGGUAUUUCACUGACCGGACCCACUUUACUGGACCUACAAAUCGCCGUUAGUUCAACUCUUUCAGAGACUUCACAUAUUAUCCAAGGAAGGUCAGUUGGAUAUGCGUUAGGGUCAGUUAUGGCCGGUUUUUUAUUGGAAACUUUUAAUGAGCAACUUGUCAUGGGAGCUGCAUCUCUAAUUAACGGCAUCGCAUUGGCGUUUGCGGCCUGGAAUCGGACUUUAUGGGGAAUCGUUGCAACAAUGUUUGUCAAUGGUCUUGCAAUGUCUCAUGUUGAUACAGGAAGUAAUGUUUGCAUAUUACGAUAUUGGGGCCGAUCAAGUGGAAGCUUUUUACAAAUUUUACACUUUAUGUUCACAACGGGUGGCUUGAUUUCGCCGCUAUUGGCACGACCUUUUCUCCUUGAACGCGAGGAAAGUGACGAACCUUCAUCCACGAACUCAUCAUAUUUCAACGAAACCCUAAUAACCAAUUCAACCAAAGUCCCUUUCGAAUACUCACCAGACGAUGUUCUAGUCCAAUGGCCUUUCACCGUCGUCGGGAUCGUUUUCAUUUUAGCGGCAAUCGGAUUCUUUGUAUUCUACUAUUUCAUCCCAAGUGAACCUUCAAAUCCAAUCGGUGUUAAUAAAUCUCUUCAAAAUAAUCUUCCAACUGAAACUCGGCUCGGUGAAUCAGCCAAACUGGAUCGAUUACCAUCAGCUGAUUACCGUUAUAAUUUUGAUAACAAGGUGAAAAUAAUGAUCAUUGUAAUCAUAUCAAUAUUUUCCCACAUAUACUUUGGUGUGGUCAUUUCAUUUGCAAACUUAUUACCAAGUUUUGCGGUUAAAUCUUCACUCGCAAUGACUAAAACUGAAGCCGCAUCGUUGAUGACAGUUUUCUGGAGCACGACGACCCUGUACAGAAUACCGGUAAUCCUUUUCGCUAAUAACAUUUCCCAUACAGCGAUGAUCUUAAUCCAUGUAAGCAUAAUGGUGAUCAGCUCAGUUUGCCUUUGCAUCUUUGCUGAAACUUACCUUUGGGCGAUUUACCUGUUCACUGCAACUAUGGGCAUUGGUAUUGGUCCAGUUUUUGCUGGAGUCUUGGGUUAUCUUCAACAAUAUUUCCCGGUGACCGGAAGGAUAACCUCAAUUUUCAUUGUUUCCGCUUGUGUUGGUGAAUUUCUUUACCCAUGGAUAAUCAGUCAAUGGCUUGAAGAUCAUCCAUCGGUGUUUUUAUAUGUCAUGGCAAUUUGUUCAAUCGUUGAUCUAAUUGCUUUCAUUGCUGCCUACUUAAUGUGUAAUCUAGUUGUCAAAAGAUUUGCAGCAAAAAACGUUAAAACAUCAGCACAAGUUGAACGUAAAUAUUGAUUAACUAUUGAUUAGAUAAAAACAAUUAAAGAAACUGUGAUAUUAUUGCUAAAGUAUUAAAAGAAUUGCAAUUAAAUUCAUAA